UGAGUACACGUGAGUGAGAGGAGGCUUCCCGGAGCGCAGUGUGUGAUUAUACUGCAGGCAGGAUGCCUCGCUAUGCGCAGCUGGUGAUGGGGCCGGCCGGCAGUGGCAAGAGUACAUACUGCUCCACUAUGGUCCAACACUGUGAGAAUCUGAAAAGAUCUGUGCAAGUGGUUAAUUUGGACCCGGCAGCUGAGCAUUUUGACUAUCCUGUCAUGGCUGAUAUACGAGAGCUCAUUGAAGUUGAUGAUGUGAUGGAAGACAGUUCCCUAAGAUUUGGGCCUAAUGGAGGUCUAGUAUAUUGUAUGGAAUAUUUAGCAAAUAACUUUGAUUGGCUGGAAAGCUGUCUGGGCCACACAGAAGAUGAUUACAUUCUAUUUGACUGUCCAGGCCAGAUCGAGCUAUAUACUCACCUGCCAGUCAUGAAGUACCUGGUUGAGCAGCUCCAGCAGUGGGAGUUCAGAGUCUGUGGAGUUUUCCUUGUGGAUUCACAGUUCAUGGUGGAAUCUUUUAAGUUCAUUUCUGGAGUUAUGGCCGCACUCAGUGCUAUGAUCUCUCUGGAGACUCCCCAGUGUAACAUUAUGACCAAGAUGGAUUUGCUAAGCAAGAAAGCUAAAAAAGAAAUUGAAAAGUUUUUAGAUCCAGAUAUGUAUUCCAUGAUUGACGAUUCAUGCACUCGAUUUAAAAGCAAGAAGUUCAAGAAGCUGACCAAGGCCAUUUGUGGAUUGAUUGAUGAUUACAGCAUGGUUCGAUUUUUACCUUUUGAUCGUUCUGAUGAAGAAUGCAUAAACAUUGUGCUCCAACACAUCGAUUUUGCUAUUCAAUACGGAGAGGACCUGGAGUUUAAAGAGCCCAAGGAAAAUGAAGAGGAUACAUCCUCAAACUUUGAUGAAUUCUUCCAGGACCGAGCAGACGAGCAGUGAUAGUGGCUGUUUAAUAGUAGUUGGUAGUAGUUCUUCAUAGAGAGCAAAGUGUUCGCUAAGCAGAUCUCAUUCACACUGUGUAAUGGAUACAAGGUGUAACAUCUCCAAUAAGUCUGCCAGAGAAUUGGCUUUAACUGAGUUACCUACACAUCUGCCAUGUCACUUAGUGCCUGGUGUUAUAAGCUGAACGGGUACAUUGUAACCCACAUUACAUGUUAAAAAAAAAAGUUUCAAAGUGAAUGCUAGUGGGUACCAGUUUCCACUACUGCUUUCUCCAUCAUAUACUUCCUGAUCUGAAGGAAACUACAUAGGACGUGAAGAACUAAAAUUGCCUGAUAGACAGGGGCUCGACUUACAAAAGAGACAUUUUCUUUUGCUCCUUGCAAUUCCAUGAAUGGUCAUCGGUGGUGCCUGUAACAACACACAGCAAGGUUAUAGACCUAUUGUCCAUUUAUUAUUUUUUUUCUUAAUGCACAUUUUACGUCUUGGGAGAAAAAUUUCCACCGCGUUCUAGAACUACAGUUCCCUUAUUUCUACCAACCUAUAGCUGGGAAAGGAUUAUAUUAGUUGCCAUUCAUCAACAUCUGAGGGAUCAUAAGUCUUCACCCUGAUUAUCUGCCCUUUUCUAAUUAGUGUUCAGUGUUUUAAAAGCCACUCUCGACUGUUGGCCUGUUGGGAAGUGGAGUUUAUUCACAGUUUGUGUCAGUUUCUGGUACAUGUGUUCAGUCAUGCUGCUGGGCUGCUAUAGUGGUGAUAGAUAUGAGAUGUAAAAUGUUUCCUGCUUCCCUGGAUGUGAAGAUCCCAGUCUGCACCAGCUGAAAAGGCGACAUUUCAAAUACUGCCAGCUCCAUCCACAAAUAUCAUUUAACUUAAACUGGUUAUGUCUGGGUGGCUUUCUGAAUUGCUCGUAAAUCUGAAGAGUGUGUUAAUUUAAAGGUGUGGCACAUUAAUAUAGCUUUUACUUUGGUGAAAAGACAUUAUCAUGUUGCUGAUGUUAUUGAACAUUUCUUAAAACUACGGAGAUAACUUUCUCACUCCAUAUAAGUGUGGGGAAUACACAAUAAGGUUUCAAUAAAGUCAUUACAUCGUCCUGCUACAUGAGUCAAGUUCAGGGGAUUAAAUUCAUCCAUUAGUACAACACGCAUGGCAGGUUACCCUGCACGUCAUAUGCCUUAUAUUGGUUAGAGGCUAGAACAGGAGUAGUCCAUACUGCACCUUCACCCACUACCUAAGCGAAUCUGAUACUUUGCUUGCCCCUUCCGUUAAUUUUGUCUGGCAAGGAUUUGUGCUACUUCUAGUUCAUUAUUUGCUAGAAUUGUAGCAAUUAUACAGUAAUACAAACUGAUUAGAGGUCUAUGUACAGUAAAAGAGCAGAGACAAUGCAAUUAUGCAAUAAUACAAACAAAUUAGAGGUCUAUGUACAAUAAAGGAGAGCAGAGACCAUUACAUUCCUAAACGUGCAAAAGUUAUCAGAAAUGUCCUCAUACAGAUUUAGUCAACAAAGCUUUCUUGCUGCUCUAAAAUUUUUAUUUUUAUUUAAUAUUUUGAUUAACAUCUUUGCUUCUCUGUUUAUUUUUUCCUUAAUAAAUUUGUAUUGCUUGUUGGAAAAUUAAAAGAAAACAAAAUGACAACCCAUGUAUGGCGGCUGGAGGUCUAUUUAAAUAUACUGUUUAGAUGCUAUUGUCCACCCCACUCCAAAAAAAAAUGAUGUCCACCCAAUAAAAAAAGAGAUGAAAAACAACUACCACAUCACCCUAUUAAUAUUGAGGGUGGGCAAAGAAAACACAAUCUGUUAUAUAGCAGUCUGUUUUAAUUUAUAAUUUAUCUCCAGCACUAUUAAUAGCCUUUGGGAGUCUCCUGUGUGGUUAAAGUUCACUUUACAAAGUAGAAGAUAAAAACUUCUAAAGUACUUUAAGAUCAUCAGAAAAUGAAACCAUUUUUAUGUACUUUCUAGCAUUACU